UAAGACGGAGACCCCCCUCACGGAAAACUGUGGUGACUGUGGUGUACGUACAGCUGCAGAGAUGCGCGACACAGAAAAACAAGGAGAAACGAGGGAAAUGGAGGGACAGCACAUGGAAGGACAAUAACCGCUGAAAAUAAACCAUCUGAGAUGCUUCGAGACACCGAGGGACACCGUGUUCGCUGCGCGCUUUGGACAUAAAAACGCGGAGACGGCUCGGAUCCUACAUUAAUCCGAAUACAGGGACGGGAGGGGUCGAUCAUGGGGAACGAAGCGAGCCUGGAAGGAGGCGAAGGGCCGCCGUCUGGGCUACCAGAGGGUCUGGCACCUGACGGGAAGGGCGGCUUCGUCCGGGUCCCCGAUGGGACUCCGGUCAACCUAAGUGAACUCAGCGAGGAGCAGCGGAGGCAGCUCGCCGCGGCGAUGUCAAGGGCGCAAGGCAGGCAGCCCGGAGGCGCAGCAGCUGCACGAAGAACAUCAGAAUCUGAUACCCAUCUGCAUUCCCAGCAGGUAGGGGCCUCCAGGGGCCCUACAGGUCUCAGUAAGAGUCGAACUGUAGACGCCUUCAACCAGGGUCUACCUAGCAAGCCCACACCGGGCCGCAGCCCCUCGUCCCUCAGCCUUUUUGAAUCCAGAUUCCGGCAGGAGCCAAAAGACCCAGAGACCAAGUCGUCCGGCAUGUUUGGAUCCAGCUUCCUCAGCGGGGCCAACCCCCUCAGUGCUGUGUCAUCUAUGACCUCCUCUGUCUCCUCCUCCAUAUCCUCCAUGGGCGAUACUGUCAACAUCCCAAAGUUUGGACUAUUUGGGGAUGAGGAUGAGGGAGAUGUAUCUACAACAUCUGAUUCCAAGCAAGGAGGAAAGCCACCAGGCAAGGGCCCUCAGCAAGGGCCAGGUCCAAAGGGACCACAACAGGGAGGACCUCCGAAACAGGGUCAGGGCCCUCCUGGACAGGGGCCAAAGCCAGGUCAAGUACCCCCUGGGCAGGGACCCAGGCAAGGUCAGGGACCACCAAGCCAGGGACCCAAAUCAGGCCAGGGUCCUCCUGGCCAAGGACCCCCUGGGCAAGGACCCAGGCAAGGUCAGGGUCCACAAGGCCAGGGUCCUCCUGGCCAAGGACCCCCUGGGCAAGGACCCAGGCAAGGUCAGGGACCACCAGGCCAGGGUCCACCUGGCCAAGGACCCCCUGGGCAAGGACCCAGGCAAGGUCAGGGUCCACAAGGCCAGGGUCCUCCUGGCCAAGGACCCCCUGGGCAGGCCCCCAAGCAAGGACAGGGACAACCAGGCCAGGGGCCCAAAUCUGGCCAAGGUGCUCCUGGCCAAGUACCCCCUGGGCAGGCCCCCAGGCAAGGUCAGGGUCAACCAGGCCAGGGACUCCCAGGGCAACAGAGCCCCAAACCAGGUCAAGGACCACCAGGUCAGCAAAAAGGUGGACCCCCUCAACAAGGACCUGGGAAGCCUGGACCCAAACAGCAAGGGCCACCAGGCCCUGGGGCUCAUCCUGGAGAACCAGCAAAGAGUGGAGGUCCUCCUGGUCAGCAGGGGGCUGGAAAGCCCGGAGGUGGACUCUGUCCACUGUGUAAGACCACCCAGCUGAACCUUGGGUCUAAGGACCCACCUAAUUACAAUAACUGCACUGAGUGUAAGAACCAGGUCUGCAGCCUCUGUGGAUUCAGCCCCCCAGACUCAGCGGGUAAAGAGUGGUUAUGUCUGAACUGCCAGAUGCAGCGAGCGAUGGGAGGUAUGGAUCCCCCUGGCAUGACAAAACCCAAACAAGGCUCGGCCCCGCCCUCGCCCCACAGACAGGCACCUGGCAAGCCUGGCAAGCUGCUGAUAAAGCAGCAGAGUACUACCGACCAAGGGUUGACGCCGCCAACCACACCGAGGCAGAAAUCCCCAGGUCCUACUUCUCCCGGACCGCUUUCCCCCGGCUCCUCAUUGGGGGGAUCCCCCAAGAUUGACCCCAAGACAGGCAGACCCAUCCAGCCAAAGUCCAGUCCACAGCAGUCUCCAGCUAAAGCCAAACAGGAGUCCAGCUUUUUUGGGAGCUUGGGAGGUAUCAGUCUGGGAGGCUUAACAGACACCAAACCUCCUGCGUCUGCUUCACAAGCUGCCGAGUCCGUAACAGGGAAACUGUUUGGUGGGUUUGGUGGCUUGAUGGAAUCGUCGAAGCCUCAAGCGCAGGCCGCCCCAAAGCAGGAGGAGUCAGUGGCUGGGAAGUUGUUUGGAGGUUUUGGAGGGUUGACAGAAUCAGCAAAACCUCCCGCUGCUGCUUCUCAGAUGUUCAGCUUUGGAUCGUCGUUCUUGAGUUCAGCCACCAAUCUUGUCUCUGGAGAGGUCGAGAAGGCAGCGGUUUCUCCACCUGGGUCGCCGCCAGACUCGGAACCAGGUUCCCCUCUGGAUUCUGGCCCCGGCUCACCACCUGAGUCCCCAUUCUCUGCUCCUGGGUCUCCUCCUGAUUCGGACUCUGCUCCUGACACCCCACCUGCUAAGUCCAAGAAACCCCCCAGAACCAUUUCUGUGGAGCAGGAAGAGAAGACGACAGCAGCCAAACCAGCACCUGCACCUGCCCCUGCCCCAGCCUCAACAGCAAAGGGAAGCUGCCCCCUCUGUAAUGUGGAGCUGAACGUUGGAUCAGCAGACACGCCCAACUACUGCUUGUGCACCAAGUGCAAGAAGACAGUUUGCAAUCUUUGUGGAUUUAAUCCUACUCCCCAUUUUGGAGAGAAAGAAUGGCUUUGCCUCAACUGUCAGACCCAAAGAGCCAUGUCGGGCCAGCUGGGAGACAUGCCACCUCCAGCCAUGGCUUCCCCACAGAAGCAACCACCUUCUCCUGCUUCCUCUUCUGCCCCUGCCCCUGCUGCUGUAGAUAGCAAACCUGUAGUAGAGGCAUCAGACCUAACCCCACCAACUCCUGAUACCAAGGUGAAAACAGUGGAGACCUUGAAAGAGCCUGGACAGAAAGAAAUGGCUGUCAAGGACAGCAGUCCCACCAGCCCAUCAGACCUAGCCAAGCUGGAAAGCACAGUUCUACCCAUUCUUGAGGCCCAGACACAACCAAAGGAUGAUGAGGAGAAGCUAACAGAUGCUGUGAAGGCCAGACGUAAAUUAGAGGUGAUUCCUCUCUCACUUGACUCACCCAGCUCAGAAGAUGACCGAGAACUUUCUGAGAAGAAUACCAAAGGUACUACAAAGAAAAAGCUACUUGUACCCAUGGAUGUCAGGGCAGAUUCCCUCGAUGAUAGCAGUGAAAGCUUUGGAAAAGAAAGCCCGAUAUCUGGGGAUGAUGAGGAAUUUAUCCGAAAACAAAUUAUGGAAAUGAGUGAAAAUGAGGAUGCUUCCCCGUCUGAUGAGGAAAACCUAAUCAGACGCAAGAUAAGAGAGAAUGAGAAGAAACAAAUGGAACAGAAGACAACCGAGGCUGUAGAGAGGAGUACAUCAGGAAAAUCCAGGCGACUUACCAAGAAAAGCACUAUAAGUCCAGAUGAUGAAGAGGAUAAACAACUAUGUGGCUCAUUGGACAAACCUGAUACAUACAAAGAGGAGGGACAAGAACUAAAGGAAGGGAGUGGUACUGGAGUUCGCAAAUUCCGAACUAUGGAGCUGAAUUCAACCAGCGGCCCUAUGCGUAUACCUAAUGAUGAUGGAGACCCUGAAAUGGAAAGCCUUACAGACUCUCCAGAUGAUCGGUCUAGAGGUGAGGGGUCAUCCAGUCUACAUGCAUCCAGCUUCACUCCUGGGACAUCCCCUACAUCCCUCUCAUCACUAGACGAAGACAGUGACAGUAGUAGUCCCAGCCAUAUCCGUUCUGGUGAGGGUAAACAACACAGGAAAGCCAAACACAGACAACCUGGUCAAAUGCUGCCAACUAUUGAAGACUCUUCUGAAGAGGAAGAGUUACGGGAAGAAGAGGAGCUGCUCAGGGAGCAAGAAAAACAGAAGGGAUCUGGGAAAAAGUCCAAGAAAGACAAAGAAGAGAUUCGAGCCCAAAGGAGGCGAGAGCGUCCAAAGACACCACCAAGCAACCUUUCCCCCAUUGAAGACGCCUCACCAACCGAGGAACUGAGACAAGAAGCUGAGAUGGAGGAAAUCAGGCGAUCAUCCUGCUCUGAUUUCUCCCCCAGUGUUGAAUCAGAUUCUGAAGGAUUUGAAAUCCAUGCUGCAAAGAUCGCAGCAGUUCAGAAAACCUAUCAACUUCCUUUAUCAGUAUCUCUUCACUCCCCAACAGAUGAUCAAAAUAUUGAUCAACCACAGAAAAAAACUCUCAAAACUGCUGAUGAGGCUUAUGAGGAAAUAAUGCUGAGGGCCAAGUCUCCAACGCUUGACAAAGGCGAGAUUCAACCAGGAAAAGAGUCCCUUUACGGGGGCAUGCUUAUUGAAGACUAUGCCUAUGCAUCUCUUAUUGACAAUUCAACAGCUGUUCUGGGUGAGCCAGAGAAGAUUGUUGUUCCUACUCAGCCCAAAACACUGAGAUCACCAGAUGAAGUUUAUGAAGACAUGAUAAAGAAGAGGAAGGAAUUCAUCAAGCUGGAGCAGGAAUAUCAAAAAAUGCAGCCAACAAAGAUAAGCAGCAACCCAGAAAUUGUGUUGCAACCUGCUGAGAAUACCUUAUCCAAAAGCACCACAGUAACAUUAGGCAAAGAUGGGAAGCCAUUGUUGGAUGCUGAAACUGCCUAUGAAGAGCUAAUUAAAAGAGUGCUGACUCCUGGAACAAGUCCAACUCAGCAGGAGCCAGAAGUGGAAGCCACUGUAUCUAGAAGGGCACUCCACCCCAUUCCAGACUUAAAGGUGACGCAGUGCUCUUCAGGAGAGUUGUCCUCUGAUGACGAGAGUAUGCUUAAAAAGGAGGAUAUAACUGCAGUAUCCGACUCACCAGCAGUUAUGGAAACUGAGCAGGUGACAGUGUUUACCGAGUCCCCUCCAUCGACCACAUCAUGUCAGCAACCUCACACCACAAUCACAGAAUCACAACUUGAUAUUAUUGACUUAUCUAGUGCACUCCCAAGAACAUCAGUCCCAGUAAUUGCCAGUGUUUCGCCCUUGCCCACAGUCCCCCAGUACACACCCAGUAUUCCUAGCAUAGUGUCAACUACUCCACCUUUACCUCCCAAGCCUAGCGUCCUGCAUAGGGCUAAUUCUCAGGAAAAAGCAGAAGUACCUGUUGCACCACCACUGCCUCCUCCCACCCCACCAAAACCUACUGUUUUUCCCAGGAAAGCUCCCAUCCCACUUCCACCUCAGGCUUCAGCAACUCCAAUCAGGCCACAGAUAGUGGCUAUGACUGCAGCCCAAGGGCCACCUACAAGACAAGCAGUUACACCAAUGUACAAGCCUCAAGUUCCCCCUCCUGUUGCCCCAAAGCCAUAUAUUCAUGCAGGGAUUGGGGAUAGCCACCGGCCAGGACAUGGUGUCAAACCACCAAUUGCACCAAAGCCUAGCUCACAGCCUUCUUCACCUGCCCAUGUCCCACAUCCACCAAGACCCACUGUACUUCCCACUGGUCCGAAUGACAUAGCUCUGAAUCUGAGUCCUUCUGAGAGCAAGCUGUUUCAACCCUCCCCAAAGUCUCCCUCUUCUCCAAGAUAUGCCAGCAAUCUUCGUGACACAUAUGUAGUCAUCACAUUGCCAUCUCAGCCCAGCUCUCCAGUAGACAGUGUCUCAACUCAAGCUCCCUCUAGCCCUGGCCCAGCAUCUCCUUUAUGCCAAGCUCAGCCCCAAAGCUAUCACCAACCACAACCUCAACUUCAAUAUUAUCCACAGCAGCAUCCACAACCAACCCCUCCUCAAACAACCAGAGUGCCUCUGGCAUACACAAGAGUCACAGAAUCCAUUGAAAGUCAAGAGUUUUGUGGCCCAGAAAAACAUGUAUCUAGUUCUUGUCAUAUAAUUGAGGCUAUAUCUGCCUCUGCACAGCCACCCAUGGUUAUGCCUAACCUGAUCUCUCAAGUGGUCACCACAGAAGUCCAAAGGACCACUGUCUCUGUUGUUCAUGAAAGGACAUCACCACCAGUGCCAGCUCCAAGGGCAAAUGGUGUCCCAAUCUCGAUGGAGAAACCUAAGCCCCAAUUGCCAGCACAGAAUGGACAGGCCGUCCAACCUUCUGAGGUGGUAGAUCUUAGGACUAUGAAGGUGGACCCACAAUCAGACAUGAAUGGUGUGGAUCUAUCUGCUGGCCCAGACUCAAGACGUCAGUCCUUUGCAACUGAUGUCAGUCGUCAGAACAGUGCAGUGCAUUCACCUGUGGUCAAUCUCAGUGCUGAAUCAUCCACUGUUUCUAUAGUGACUGAUAGUAUCACAAUUGUGACCUGUGCUGCCACAAUUGAACAAUGUGACAAUGUAGACACCUCUCAAGUAUCUUCAGUGCCCCUUCAGUUAACAAAAAAUAAAGCAUUUGAGCCUGUUUCUCAAAUCGUAUAUCGGCCAAUUGAUUCUCAGUCCUCCACUCCUGCUGGUAUAGAAAACCCUAUUAACCUCUCAGUUGGAUCAAGCACAGGUGGAGGAACUUUCCAGACCACUCCUGUCACUAUUGCACCCACUUGUAUUCCAGGUUGUGUUGCCAAUGGAUUAACUACGGGUGCAACCAGAGUGGCUGGAGCUAUUGACCUUACCACAACAAAACCAUUCAACACUAUGGUAUCAGUGGAUGCUGCCUCUGCAGAGGUGGUCACAGCUGUACUCACAGAUGACGAUGGCAAACCAGUGGAUCUGACUGCAGGACAAAGAGCUGUAUGCUGUGAUGUUGUGUACAACCUCCCAUUUGCAGGAAGCUGCACUACUCAGCAACCUACUACACCCCUGCCCGAAGAUCGUUUUGGAUAUCGUGAUGACCAUUACCAGUAUGACCGAUCCCCUUACGGCAUGAGAGGGUUUGGUGGAAUUAAACCGUCGAUGUCGGACACUAACUUAGCAGAGGCUGGCUUGUUCUUUUACAAGAGUAAGAACAGCUAUAAUUUCAGUGGUACCACAGAGGGUGCAGUAGAUCUUACCUCAGCAAAGAUUUCUGAUGCAGGUGAAGCUGUUGACUACUCCAAGAAAGGGACUUACGCAGGAAUGACAAUCCCACCCUAUUCCCAAGCCAGAGUCACAAGUGCUGUUGGUACACUCUUUGGUACAAGCAGUGUCUUGAGGUCAUCAAAUGGGGUGGUCUAUUCCUCUGUUGCAGCACCAAUCCCAUCUACGUAUGCCAUUACCACCCAACCUGGGUCCAUCUUUAGUACAACAUACAACACGCUUUCAGGUAUGCAUACCAGCGAUACAAUGCCUUCCCUGUCCAACCUCCAGAACUUACCACUUACAAGGUCCCACAGUUUCCUGUCCACCAUCUCCUUUACUGAAACAGAGGAACAAGGAGAUGCCCCACUCAAUCUGGAGAUUUCUAGAAGGGGUAGCAUUGCUGCUGCCACCACAGCAACAACCUCUUUAACCCUUGACACCUACACUGAUGCAUCCCUGGACGCCAUAGCUGCUUCACUGGAGGCUCUGUCUUCACCCAUGGUUCCUGGGGAUGGCCAGUAUCAGGCAGAGCGUGAGAGGCUAGAGAUGGAGAAACUCAAGCAACAGCACUUGGCCGAGGAAUUAGAGUGGGAGCGCCAAGAGAUUCAACGGUUCCGAGAGCACGAGCAAGUUUUGGUGCAGAAGGAACUGGAGGAGCUGCAGGCCAUGAAGCAACAUAUCCUGAACCAACAAGAAGAUGAAAGACAGGCUCACCUUAUGAUGCAGAAAGAAACAUAUGCCCAGCAACAGCAGCAGCUUGAACAGAUUCAAAGACUCCAAGAGCAGCUGCGCAUGCAACUGGAAGAGCAAAAGCUUCGUCAGAUGUACCCAGGUGGGGACCUACCAGGGCAUGGCGUGCAGGAGGCAAUUGUCUUAGGACCUGAUGGCACAGUACUGUCCCGAAAGAUCACAGAUAGUGGGUGCCAGACAGAUGAAGAGGAUGAGGCAGUCAGCAAAGCUUACACAGCAGGGAGGAAAAAGAGAAGUGCUAAAAAGAGUGUAGACAGUUGUGUGCAGACUGAUGAUGAAGAUCAAGACGAAUGGGAGGCUCAGACCAGAAACCGGCAAAGCCGGCCACGCACUGCCAGGGGUGAUAGGGGUGGGCAGUCAGAGAUGUCUCUUAAAGCCCACACUGAGAUUUCUAUUCAAACGGAUACAGAAGGGAACAUUCGAAUGGACUCCAGGAUGGAGCUGUCUGACUCUGAAAGAACCUCACCAAAGAAACGACCCAUCCCCUUAGACAUAGGCCAGUCUCCCAACCUCAAAGUUGAUUCCUCUAUGCUUCAAGCCCCUCCUAAAUCUCCCAAUGUGCUUUAUUCCCCCAUAUCUCCCUGUAUAUCCCCAAGCAAAUCCCUUGAGUUUGUGUCCUAUGAGAAAUCAUUGGGUGAUACAAGCCCACAAAAGCUAAGAGGAAGUACGGAUCCAUCAAAAGCCUCUCCAUCAAGUCCAAGGGGACCAAAAGCAAUGCAGAGAUCCAUGUCUGACCCUAAGCCCAUGAGUCCAACAGGAGAAGAAAGGGCAACAUGUGGCACCCAGUAUGGUGAUACUGGGAAAGGCUCACCAACAGGCACUCAAACAGGCACUCAAAAGAAGGUGAAGAGGACUCUCCCCAAUCCACCGUCAGAGGAUGAGUCAACAACGAGUGGUCAGACAGCACACACCACUGGUUCGGCCCGCCGAAGAAUGUGCCGCAAUUCCAACAUGGCACGUGCUAAGAUCCUGCAAGACAUUGAUCAUGAGCUAGAUCUCGUUGAGCGUGAGUCUUCCAAGCUCCGCAAAAGACAAGCAGAGCUCGAUGAGGAGGAGAAAGAGAUUGAUGCCAAGCUUAGGUACUUGGAGAUGGGCAUUAAUCGUAGAAAAGAUGUGCUACUAAAGGAGAGAGAGAAGAGAGAAAGGGCAUAUUUACAGAGUGUUGCCGAGGACAGAGACUACAUGUCAGACAGUGAGGUUAGUAACAUCCGAGAGACAAGGGGUGGGCUUGGAAUUGGUGAAGAUGAGGAGAUUGAAGGUCAUGGUCUUGAACGUCCCAGAACAGCUCCUCAGUCAGAAUUGGAUGACUUUGUCCCACCUCAAACCAAGCAUGAGUAUGGGAAAUACAGCCAGUACCAAUACAAUCAAAGCCAAUACCAGCAGUCUCUCUACCAAACUCCCCAGUCCUACCAAUCCCACUCUCUCUACUCCUCUGUCCCCUCGCUCACUAGCUCCCAGCAGCAGAGUUACCACCAGAUGCUCCUGUUGCAGCAGAAAGCUGCCAGACAAGCAGCCCUCCUCUCAGAGCUGGAUGCAACUAAAUAUGUCAUUAGCCGCCAGCCUGAUCCCACAUCAUCAGCUUACUUGGGAGUCAAAUAUGACAAAUAUGGCAACCACCUUGACCUCAGAGCCUUGGAUGUUGGAAAUAUAGCACGUAGCCCCAUGUCAACUGUAUCUGAUUCCUAUUACACAGAUGUAGAUCCCCAUACACCUCGGAGUUACAUGUUGUUGGAAGAUGCUGCAGAACUGGCUAAGGGCUCCACAGGUCUGUCUUCAUCUUACAGUCUGGCUGAGAGGGAGCUGGCCAAAGCAGAGAAGCUUCUGCGUAGGAGUGCUGCAGAUCUGGGUUCUACUGACUAUCUGGGAUCCACGUCUAGACUCCAUACUUUUGGAAAGACCCCUGAUGAAGAAGAUACAAUGGAGGAACCCUACGAACUGAAACUCCUGAAGCAGCAGCUAAAGCAAGAGUUCAGAAGAAGUACUGGUGGGACAGAAAACAUAGAACAAUUGACAGGCCUCUCCCAGAACUACUAUAACCCAAGCUCUAGCACCUCUAGUUACUCUCAAAGACACUAUCCAAAGACAGACAAGUACAGUAUCAGUCGACUUACUCUAGAGAAGCAGGCAGCUAAACAACUCCCAGCAUCACUGUUGUACCAAAAUCAAAAGGCACCAUUGAUUGAUCCUAAGACCUCCUCCAAGUAUUCCUCUAUUACAGACAACAGGGGUUUGGAGACAGACUAUACCAGCUAUCUUGGGUCUACCAGUGCAUCUGUAAGAUCCAACCGGCUCUCGCAAGAUGAGAUUACCUUCGGCCUUCGUAAGAAUAUUGCAGAACAACAGAAAUACCUGGGGUCCACCUUGGGUGCCAACUUGGCUGGGUCACUAAAUUUGGGCCAGAGCCUAGGUUUGGAUUCUGCUUAUCCUAGUGGUAGUCGCUCAAGACCCUCAUCCAGGCCCACUUCUUGCUAUGGCCUGGACUUGUCUAUUAAAAGAGACCCUUCCAGCUCUUCGCUGAGGCUUAAGGGGGAUGGUGAAACAUCUGGAGAUGUACCAAGCUAUCAAACCCCCUCUGGUCGCACCAAACCUACAAGCCUUCCCAUUGUGCAAAGUGGUCGUGGCCGAUUACCCAUAGUGGCCCAAAACUCGGAGGAAGAGAGCCCAUUGAGCCCUGUUGGGCAACCUAUGGGCAUGGCCCGUGCAUCAGCGGGACCUCUACCGCCCAUCUCAGCUGAUUCAAGGGACCAAUUUGGUUCCUGCCUGUCCUUGCAGGACUCCCAGCAACAUAUCAGGGAAGAGCCAACCAGGGGUAGGGGUUACGUGCUGCUGGAUGACCUUCAGGGCACCAUGUCAGAUAGUGAAGCCUACCACCUUAGGCAAGAGGAGACUGACUGGUUUGACAAUCCUAGGGACGGGCGAUCAGAGAAUGGACAAGAGAAGAGACAGGGAAAAGGCCUGUACUACCCCUUCCCUCACCUCAGGGUCAAACUGCAGAGGGAUCCCAAAGACCGCAGUGUCUCAGGAAAUGGUCUGGGUAUCCGUGUGGUUGGAGGGAAAGACGUCCCUGGCAGUAAUGGAGACAUUGGAGCCUAUGUUGCCAAAGUCCUACCUGGUGGAGCUGCAGAACAAACAGGAAAAAUUCUUGAAGGAAUGCAAGUGCUGGAGUGGAGUGGUGUUCCUUUGACGGGGAAAACCUAUGAAGAGGUACAAGGGCUGGUCGGGCAGCCAUGCAAUGAGGCAGAAGUGUGUGUCAGACUUGAUCUCAACAUGCUGGCUGAUUCCGACGGUUCCGACCACCUGGAUUUCCAGGAGCACAGCAAAGGUGACAGACCUCCCAGGUCUCCAGGUGUUGACCCCAAGCAGCUGGCAGCUGAGCUGCAAAAGGUGUCCCAGCAGCAGGCUCCCACCUCCACCUCUUCCUCCGGCCUGCCCCCCACCACCUCAGCAACCUCCAGCCCCGGUCAGCCAGGAUCACCCUCCGUCAGCAAGAAACGCCACAGCAGCAAGAAUGCAGAGGGAAUGAAGACCCAGUCCCAACCCAUCUCUGGGGAGAUACAGCUUCAAAUCCACUACGACAAGCAGCUCGGCAACCUGAUCGUUCAUGUCCUGCAGGCCAGAAACCUUGCCCCGCGGGACAACAAUGGCUACUCUGACCCGUUUGUUAAAGUGUAUCUCCUUCCAGGGAGAGGUCAGGUCAUGGUUGUCCAGAAUGCCAGUGCUGAAAAUAAGAGGAGGUCCAAACACGCAGGCAAGAGUCUCAACCCUGAGUGGAACCAGACCGUCAUCUAUAAAAACAUCCACUUGGAGCAACUGAGGAAGAAGACCCUGGAAGUGAGCGUGUGGGACUAUGACAAGUGCUCCUCUAACGAUUUCUUAGGAGAGGUACUUAUUGACCUGUCCAACACAGCCGAGCUGGACAACGUCCCGCGGUGGCUCCUCCUGAAGGAGCAGAGCGAGGGGGACCACCACCGGCGCUCCCACUCGGGCCAGGGCCGACACGGUUCCACUAAACCCUCCUCACAGCACUCCUCCCCUAAAACCACUGGAUCUGCACAUGACAAUCAAGAUUCCCCAAAAUCGUCUGUCAUCAAGAGCCGAAGCCACGGGAUUUUUCCAGAUCCGGCCAAGGACACGCAGGUGCCCACUAUCGAGAAAUCUCACAGUAGCCCUGGCACAUCGAAGCCUUCCCCGUCCGAGAGCCAGAGCCAAAGCCACGGACGCAGCCAACAUUCUCGCUCGCACGGCGCUUCGCGCUCCAGCAAAAGUUCCACACGGCAACACCAUCAGGACAGCGGCAUAGCAACGGGCGAUGCCCCACAGCAGCCACAGCAGCAGCUGCCACAACGCCUUCAACCAAGCCAAAGAGGCCGCCUCUCACUGAGGCACCAGAGACACAGCGUAGUGGGCGUGCUCACCAUUCAGAGAGCCCAGUCUGACUGGUUGCCUGCCCUGCCAUCGGUUGUGUCGGCCAAAGGGAGCAGAGCAGACGGCAGACACCUGAUCCUCAGGAAAGCCGUGUCAGAAGAGGGGCCGCAGAGCACCGGAGCUCGGUCGAGCUACAGAUCCAGUGAUGCCCCGGUCACAGCAGCCUCAUUGGACAGCGGCCUGAGUGGCAGUGCCUACAGCCUGUUGGACGAAGAAGGAGAGAUGAACGAGGUGGACAGUGCCAUCUUCCAGGUGCCGCGACUUGGAAAGAUCCCAAACGGCACAGAGGAGAUGAAAUCAUCAAUGGGACACGGUGACACUGAAGGUAAGUCCCAGAUAAUGGGGGAGAUCAGGAUUGCCCUGAAGAAGGAGAUUAAGACGGAGGGAGAGCAACUAGUCCUUGAGAUUCUUCAAUGUCGCAACAUCACCUACAAGUUCAAGAGUCCAGACCACCUGCCUGAUCUUUAUGUGAAGCUUUAUGUGGUGAACAUCGCUACCCAGAAAAGGAUCAUCAAGAAGAAGACCAGAGUGUGCCGUCAUGACCGGGAGCCAUCUUUUAACGAAACCUUCCGCUUCUGUAUGAACCCGGCUGGACACUCUCUACAGCUGUUCCUGGUGUCCAACGCUGGCAAGUUUGUGAAGAAGACUCUGAUCGGGGAGGCCUACGUGUGGCUGGACAAAGUCGACCUACGCAAGCGAGUGGUGAGCUGGCACAAGCUGCUCGCCAGCACCACCCAGAUCCACUCAUAGAAGGAAACUCAAUCAAAACAAACUAAGCUUGAGAGGGCACGAAGAGGUUUCUGUCAUCUGGGGACGCUUAGGUUCAACAUCUGUAACACUGAUCCACUCUUGUCGGUCGGGGUAAAGGGUGGAUUGAGUUGGAAAUAUCUCUUUCUUCAAUCUUUGUUUCAGGGCUCAGAGUUUUGGAAGAUGCUUUUGGUCGUUGGGGCAAGUCUGAUGAUGAUUUCUGUCAUGCAGGACGUUUGGAGGAAGUAGUGAAUGCAUUUACAGGAAAUGAAUACACAGGUUUACAGGACGUACGGUGUAGAGUAGUGUAGCCAGGGCUGAGGAAAAGAGCAGGUGCUGAGUUCAGAGGUCAAGCACGGAAUCAACCAGGUAUUAAACACUUUAAUACACACAACACACACACACACACACACCAAUGCACACAAUUAUUUAAGACAACUUUGCACACUCAUUCAUGCAGAAGAGACAUUUUAAUUCUACAGGGAAUGGACACACUUGUGGAUUCUAAUUUAUUUAUUUAGAUGUUUUAUCCAUGAAAGAUUUUCCUCAUUGCUUUUAUUAUGAGCGCAGAGUUUUAUUGAUUUACAAAGCAUUUUGGGAAAGAAAUAUUGAAGACUCCGCUACGGAGACCUCGUGUUUAUUUUUGUAUUAUGAUAUUAGCGUAGAGUUCUAUCAUUUGACUUCUCCUCAAUUAUUUAAGAACUUAAAAAUCCAUCCUGGAAAGGAUACAUAGUAUAUUUUGUAACUCACUACCUAGCAUUCAAUUUCAAGAGGAAAAAAAGGAAAUCUCAGCAAGCAUGAAUUUAUUAACAGAAACAUCUCCUUGUUCACUUUUUCUUUUUCUCUCCAUGAGUGUAAACUCGGUUCAAUCAAAUAAUUAUUGUUUGAUAAUGAACAAUAUUGAUAUAAAUGUAUAUAUAUAUCAAAUUGGACACUAUAUAUUUUGCGCAUGAGUCUAUCUAUAUGGUAUGCUGUGCCACAUUUUCUGCACAAAAAAAAAACCCAUCGCCUCUAAGGUUCACUUUGUAUAUAGUGACGUGUCAUAGUUGGAAAUGACUUAUAACAUAUAUAGAUAGAUAUAUAGAUCUUUAUCACAGACAAUCAAGUCUUGAUGAUUGUGACAGAGGUUUUAUUUACACAUAAUGCCCCUUUAGAAUGUGAGACAUUUACCAUUUGAGAUUUAAGUACUUCUUGUUUUUUCUUUCGUGAGAUCCAGGCACAUUACGAUGCUUAUAUCAGUCCUACAGUCCACUCAACAACGUCCCGCUUGUGUGGUAUUUUGCACUUUUUCUGCUUAGAAUGUAAAUCUGACAUUAUCCUCCUGCUAGAAAUGAAAUAGUCAGACUUUUUUCCAAGGGGAGGAAGUAGAGAGUUAAAGCAAAGCGAUGCCAAUAUGAGGAGAUAGGCAAUGUGCCGGAAAGCAUCCAUGAAAACAGCACUAUUACCAUUCUAAGAUACGACAAUGCUAUUACAGCAGCAUGUUGAUGUUUUGUCCCAGCUUUGUUGUCAUACAUGUGUUGUCUUGAUAUUACCACUUCCACUUCAGAUCACCAAUGUUGUGUCUAAAAGUCUGCUCUGUCCAUCGUGUUCAUUGUGUGUGCUUGUAUGGGAGUCAAGAGGCAGGACAGCUGGUUCAUUCAUUGUUUUCAGUCAAACUGAGUGAAAAUUAAUAUCUGAGUGAUUUCUAUGCAACAUCUACUGUAUUAAGGUGGUAACUGCAUCUUGACUUUUUGCACCUGCAGUGUUUUCAUGUCCUUCAUGAUUAUUGCUUUAAUGUGAUUUUUUUAAAUUUAAUUUAACAGGUUAUUUUGUAUUGUUAAUAUGAAUCUUUAUUUAUUGCCUGUGAGACGAUUUUAUAUGUUGUAUUAUAUUUGUUUACAGGACAUAUCAGGUGUACAUAUGAAAAACAUUGAGACAUUUUGUUUUAUACACAAUGUAGUACUUGUUUACACGGUUUAGAGGGCCUGAAACUCCUUAGCACCAACGUACACUCACGUAUGGCAAUUAACAUGCACAAAUUUCACAUAGUUAUGAAUUACGAUUAAUUAAGUAAGACGAUAACAUUCCUAUUCAAAAUGUUCCAAUUUGUUUGCACUCCCCAUUUGAAUAGUUGCAUUUGUGUAAAUGAAAUUACCAAAAAAAAAAGAAGAAUUGUAAUAAAUGGACGUUCUACCUGCUAUGAUAGUAGUUUUAAGGUCAGUGUAUGCUUUUUUUUGUUUUUCUUAUUUUCAUACUCAUGUGCUUGUGUGUAACAUCUUCAUACCAAGUCCGUGCAUGUCAUUUGCUCUAAUGCAUAUCUCUUAUUUUAAGUGUUGUCUGUCUAAAACUAUUGACUUUAAAAUCUCUCGUAACACACAAAGAAUUACACACUCUAUCUCACACACCCACACACCCACACACACACAGAUACUAUGUCUCUAUUUCCAACCUUGUAAAUACAUAGCUUUUUAUACCGGGGUUUGGGGAGCAAUAGGUCUUUUAGCAGACAAAAAAAAGGUGUGUGAUCAUAGAAGUAAAAGGAAGUUGUUUUUCUCUCGAUCAAUAUACAGUGGAUAGACUGCGAAAGGACCAUAUGUCUGUCCAUAGAGACCCAGAUUUACCUGACCCUUUACACCAAACACUAAAGGUUUACCAGAGUCUAACUACACAGAAUUCUAUCUUAAACAACUCUAGCAGUUGCAGGAUAAUUUAAAUGUGCUCACACUGGAUGUUGCAUGUUUCGUUGGUGGUUCAUACUAUUUUUGUGUCCAGAUAUUAUUAAAGAAAAAAAAAAGAAUGAGGUACAGAAAGAUUAUAGAACAAAAAUGCUAUAGAGGGGGAAAUUAUGAAGAAAACCUAUUACAACUAUCGAAGAUGUAUGCUGACUGUACAAAGAUUAUGCUUGUAAAACCUGUCUGGUUUUUCACUUGUAAGUAAACAGAAAAAAAAAUCUACUGUCAUGGUUUUGUGAUUGUAUACAGGAGGUAUUGAUAAAUUAUGCAAAUUGUGCUGUAAAAAUGGCUGUUGCCCCAUGUCUAAAUAUUAAAUAUCAGUACAAAUUAAA